UACAAGCUUCGAAAACUUGUAUUUAUUACGAUAAGACUUUCUAGUGGAACUUAUGGUUUGAACUCUUAUCGCGAGAGUCCUGGAAAUAAUUGUAACCUGCAUGUUAUGAAUCAGCCCGAACGAUUUUAAUGAUUCGACGUGUACAAAACUGUUUAGUGUGAAGCAUCGCGAAGGUUUUGAAAGUGAGGUUGUGUUUAAGAUGGGUUCGGAUAGAAAUAAUGAAAACUACGUAAUAAAAAUUAAUAAAUGGGACGGUUCUGCAGUGAAAAAUGCAUUAGAUGAUGCGGUUAAAGAUGUGCUUACUAAAAAGUACAAUUACAUAGAAAACUUUGCGUUACUCGAUGGUCGACUAGCUCUUUGUGGAAUUGCAGUGACAUUGUCCCUUAUAGCUCUACUCUGCGAUUAUCUCUAUCCAUUUCCAGCAUCUAAACCUGCAUUGGCUUCCUGUGUCACAUUAUACUUCUUUUCAAUGGGACUUCUAACAUUGUAUACGUCGUACAAAGAAAAAGGGAUAUUUAUUGUAGCAAUCCAAAGAGAUCCAGCUGGUUUUAAUCCUGACCUGAUUUGGGAGGCCAGCUCAUAUUUGAAAAAGUAUGAUGAUAAAUACAAUCUUGUAUUAUCCGUUAAAAAUGCAGCUACAGGAAGUAUAAAUGAGACUAGCAUCACAAAAUCUGUGGCAAAUUUCAUUGAUGUUAAUGGUGUUAUUAUAGCAGAAUUAGUAGAAAAUGCUGUAACAAGUAUGCAUGAUAGUUUGACUAGUCAGCGCAAAGAAAAAUAGUAGUGAAUACUCAUCUGACUAAUUAAAUCUGUCAUUCCUCUUAUAAUUUGUUGCAUUUCAUGUAUUUCUCAUUGAUGUAAAUAUAAUGCCAGAAUAAAAUCCAGUGGUUUAAAAUGA